AUGAAUGAAGCAAAUUGGAAAUCAUUGAUUGAAAAUUUAUUACCAAUUUAUAAUAAAAAUGGAAAUGAUUGUAGUAAAAUUAAAACAAUGAGUUUGGGAAAGAGAAUGAUUUCAAGAAAUUAUUUAAAUCAUUUAUAUAAAGAAAAUGGUGAUAUUUUAGAAACUAUUGAACAAGAUCAAAUCAAAUCUAAUCCAUUUUUAAAGGAUGAAAUAUCAAAUCAAAAAAUUAUUUUUAAAUUUCAACCCCAAUUUCCAUCAAUGGAAUUAACAAUUUUAAAUUUUGUUAAAUUAUUAUUUAAAGAUGUUGAUGAUAUUAAUAAUGAUGGUGAAUUAUCAAUUAUACCAUUCUCUGAAUUUGGAAUAAUUAAAUCAAUGAAAAAAAAUGAAAAAAACAAUUAUCAUCAAUUAUUACUACAAUAUCAACCAAAAACAAAUAAUGAUGAUAUAACAACAACAUUAUUAAAUGUUUUAAAAAGUGAUGAUAAAGAUGAAAAAUUAAAAAAAUUAGAUUCUUAUUGUUUUUCAAAAUUAAUAAUAACAACUAUUUUAACUAAUCCUGCAAAUGGUUGCUUUGAAAAUUAUUUAUUUACACCAAUGAAAAAUGGUAAUUUUAAAUUGGUUUCAAUGAAUAAUGAAUUAUCAUUUGUACCAGAAUCAACACAAACUAUUAAAACUGGUAUAUUUUCAAGUGAAAUUUCAUUUUGUGUAAAUACUUGUUUAUUUAUGUUAGAGCAAAUGCAUAACCCAAUUGAUAAAGAAAUUAUUAAUAAAUUGAAAUCAUUAGAUGUUUUAACAUUUUUAAAAGAAUGGAUAUCAUCAAUUGGUGUAAUUAAUAAACAAAUUAAUAAUUUAAUUCAUAAAGAUGGUAAUUGUGAAAUUGGCAAAAAGAAACCAUUCAUUCAUAGAUCUGAAAAUAAUAAAACUUAUCCAUUAACUAAAUUUCCAGAAGGUUCAAUUAAAUUAUUAUAUUCAAAAUUAAUUAGAUUAAAAGAAGUUUUAAUUAAAGAAUCAACUUCAUUAUCAUCAAAGAAACCAAUUACAUUUUGGAAACUUUUAACAAUUUUAGAACCAUUAAUUUCAAACCGUAUGUAUUUAAAUAGAACUUGUUAUACAACAAAAGUAUCAGUUAUUGAAAAUUAUAAUUGGUAUUUAAGAACUCAAGAUAUUUCAAGAAAUCAUGAACCAAUGCCAUUAAUAUCAUCAAAAAUUAAAGUUUCAAGGGGAAUAAAUAAAAAAAAUAAAAAUCAAUAUGGUUUAAAAGAUUUAGAAGUAAUUGAUGAAGAAAUUACAUUUUAUAAAAAUAUUUCAUCAAAUACUAUGGAUGUUGAUUUAAAAAAUUUAAAAUCAAAAUUAACAACGACAGCAUCAUAUCCUUUUCAACCAAUUUCAAUUUUAUUUGAAGAAUUUUUAAACGGUAAAUCUAAUUUUAAUGAAUCACUAAGCACUUCACAAAAAUCAAUAUUUUAUGAACAAGUUUUGCCACUUUCAAAAGAUUUAAGAUAUUUAAAAUUUUUAAAUAAUGAAUAUUUAACAAAUAAAUUAUUAAUAUCUUCACAAUUUUUAAAUGGUUUAAAAAGAUUGGAAAUUUGUGAUUGCAAAAAUCUUAAACAAUUAUCAAAUGGUUCUGAUGAAUUAAAAUUACCAACAGUUUCUAAAAUGUUGGUUUCCAAUUGCACAAAUUUGAAAACAAUUAAUAUUUUCACAUUAAGUUUAAAAACAUUAAAUAUUAAAAAUUGUGAAAAUCUUAAAGAAUUUCAAGUUUAUGCACCAGUUUUAGAGAAAUUAAAAUUACAAUCAACAUUGAUAACUUCAAAAUUAUUAUUAAAAUUAGAUGAAUCAAAGUUUUUAAAAUAUAUUAAUUUUUCAAAUUCAACAAUUAAUGGUGUUUCAAAAUCAAUUGAUAGUUUAUCAAAUUCAAUUUGUUUAGAUGUAUGGGAGAAUCUAAUUGAAUUUAAAGCAAUUAAUUUAAAAUCACUUUCAAAAAUUACAAUUUCAAAAGAAUUAAAACAUUUAAAACUUUUAGAUUUUAAUGGUUGUUCAACAUUGGUUGAUAUUUUUAAUUUUAAAAGAAAUGGAAAUGGUCUAGUUCCUUCUUUAGAAAUUUUAAAUUUAAAUGGCACAACACUUGAAGAUAAUGAAAAACAAUUAAUAAUUUUUAAUAAUUUAAAAAAUAAAUAA